AUGGGCAGAGGCACCAAAUACUUCACUGCCGCAGACAAGACCUUUGCCACCAAAAGGCGCAAACAGGCUCAUCAUCAAGGCCAGCCGAAGGGCUCAGAACCGGCGUGCAUAUCUGCAUCGCCAGCAUAUGUUCAUGUUUCAAUGACGCCGGGUUACAUUGCUAAAGACCACCCCUCAGUUGAGGGCUCUCUAAUACCCUCUCAGGUCCACCCUCUGAGGCCCACAGACCAUCAUGACAUCCCCCCCGAUGUUCUCACAGACGCGCACCUGCCCCUCCGCUCUCACCCGCUGCUCCUCAAGGUGCUAUGCAAUACGCCCCUCAACUUCAACCCUGCUAAUGCCACGGCAAAGCAGAUGGAGGCCGUCCUGCGCGGGCAGGCCUGGCGAACAUUGCGCAACGAACGGGAUCAUUGUAUAUGCUUGUGGAACGAAGGGAGGUUGGACAAAUUGCGAGGGUUGAUAGAGCAACACCUCGCUGAUGAGGAGGCUGCCAUGGAGGGUGUGGACGAUGACAAUCACACACAAAUUGUGAUGUCGACCCGGGCGGAGUUUACAGCCAAGGAGGUCUUUUGCAACCUGUGGGAGCUCACGCAGCUGACGCACAUGCCAGAGUACUAUGGUGUAUUCCAUGAGCUAGCAUGUUUCCCCUCACAGCAGGUCAUGCUCGUGUAUGAAGGCGUGGUUAUUGAUUCAGUAUACUAA